AUGGCGACUACCCGUCCCCAGUUCUACCCCAACACACUACAACCCGCCGAAAUAAACAAAGACAGCCUCGAAAACACGCUGAGAGAGUUACAAUUGGCAAUCAAUAGAGGGGUAGAUGCCAUUCGAAAGAACUCAAAGCGCCCGACUGACCCCUCGGAGCAUGGCAAUAUGUACUCUGGGAUAUCAGGCAUAGUCCUCACCCUUCUCCGACUAGAACGCCAAAAAUCAUCCAUUGUUGGACAAAAUGAAGACGCUGCAGGCUCUGGAUUUGGCAAACUAGCGCUUGACCUGUUGAUUCCGACACCGUCUGAAAUCACUUUGUCAGAUGGGCGUAACUCUCCAAUUGGAUCUGGACUGGGCCCGGUAAUAUCGAGGAUCCUGGCCGCAUGCGAAGAGCAGAACCUCCAGCUUGGAAGGGGAGUCGCUGUUUUGGACAAAGAUGUUCAAAUUCUCCAGCAAGCCGUGGAAGGCGCAACAAAACAUGGCAAUGUGAUUUUAUUCAGAGGCCACAAUCUCGGCGCUGAUGAACUGCUGUUUGGACGAGCAGGACUGUUAUGGGCGGCGCUCACGAUCCAAAGGCAUUGUGUUGAGGAGAAGGCAAAGACUACGAUGAGACCACUUCUCGAGCCGAUUCUACACCAUGUACCGAAGCUUGUCGAUACCAUCCUUGCGGCUGGCAUUCAGGGCUCGCAAGACUUCGAAAAACAGCACAGUCGAAAAGCCCCAUUGCCCCUGAUGUGGCCGUGGUUGGGCGAUCAUUACGCGCUGGGAUCAGUACACGGCAUUGCUGGAAUUAUCUCCAUCUUGCUAGCAUACGAUGUAUCCCUUCUCUCUGCACAAAAAGAAGACUACCUCGACCUGAUCGCAGAUACUAUCAAUGGCCUCUGCCAAAUCUGCAUAGAAAACGACGGGCAUCUGCCCAUGUCCAUACCGCCAAUGCCAAGCUCCGAACAACGCUCUUCGCCUAUUCUCCAGCUGUGCCAUGGAAGCCCUGGGAUUCUGGUGCUACUAGGCGCCGCCUAUCGGAACCCAUUCUUCUUGAACAAAUUCUGGAGACCCGAAUGGGAAACCGCACUACACCUAGCCACCGAACGGAUCUGGAAAGAAGGUCUAUUGUCCAAGGGCGGGAAUUUAUGCCACGGAUUGACGGGCAACAUAUGGCCUCUCCUUCCUUUCCAUGAUAUAUACGACAAUAACUCAAUCUUCCAAACAGAGGUGAGACGGCAAAGACUAGCCGAACUCGGAAAAGCAGUCACCCCUACAACCAAAAACGAGAUCUUGUCUAGCGACUACUUCCUCUCUCGCACCAUACCUUUCAUGAUGCUCACUCGCGAAAGCCCGCCGUAUAGCGAGAUCGCUGGCCUGAAGCCAUCGUUUGAUUUCCGCGCCCCGGACCGCCCGUACUGCCUAGGCGAGGGUCUGGCUGGGGAGAUCUGUGCAUGGGCAGAGACAUGCGCUGUUAUCAAGGUUCGGUUACGCAAGAUGCAGCUCGAGGAAUGGGAGGCUUCUGGUUGUGUUGACCAUGACGAGGAUCUCAUAAAGUAUUCAUCGCAGCAGCUUGGGUUGCCACUCUUUGAGGUCAACGGGCCCGCCAUACAUGUUUAA